UUAAAAUCAGAGCGACAGCGACCCUGCAACGUUGCUUGCUGCACGUCUAGGAAGAGACGGGAAAGACGCACGGGCAACGCCAGGUGUUCGCACAGCACUGCACGUGGAGCUCCUGUGGCUGAAGGAUCUUAAAGGCUCUAUAUAAUCUUGAACGAGUGCUAAGCAUUUCAGGAUAAACUUGAAAAUGGCCAACUAUCACAAACCCGACGAGAAAACCCUGCAGGGCCUGAAGGAUGUUGCGAACAAGUUGAGGAUUCACUCCAUCAAGGCGACAUGCGCCUCGAACUCUGGACACCCAACAUCAUGCUGCAGUGCUGCGGAGAUCAUGUCUGUACUCUUCUUCCACACCAUGCGCUACAAAGCCAGUGACCCCCGAAACGCCUGCAAUGACCGCUUUGUCAUGUCUAAGGGUCACGCCGCCCCCAUCCUUUACGCUGCCUGGGCUGAGGCAGGCUAUGUUAAGGAGGCGGAGCUCCUGAACUUGCGUAAGAUCGACUGUGAGCUGGAAGGACACCCAACUCCUAAACUGGCGUUUGUGGAUGUGGCGACUGGCUCACUGGGACAGGGUCUGGGGGCUGCGUGUGGAAUGGCCUACACAGGAAAGCAUUUUGACAAGUCCAGCUACCGGGUGUACUGCUUGCUGGGGGAUGGCGAGUGCUCGGAGGGCUCCGUGUGGGAGGCCAUGGCCUUCGCCGCCUACUACCGCCUGGACAAUCUGGUGGCCAUCCUGGACGUGAACCGGCUGGGCCAGAGUGAGGCGGCGCCGCUGCAGCACGACAUGGAGACCUAUCGCAAGCGAUGCGAAGCCUUCGGCUGGAACACCUAUGUGGUAGAUGGCCAUGAUGUGGAGGAACUGUGCAAGGCUCUGUGGCAGGCCCAGCAGGUCCAGGGCAAGCCCACAGCCAUCGUAGCCAAGACCUUCAAGGGCAAGGGACUCUCGGGGAUUGAGAAUGAAGACAACUGGCACGGCAAGCCCAUCCCCAAGGACCGCGUGGAGGCCCUGCUGGCCGAGCUCCAGGCCCAGAUCCAGACCAACAAGCCGCUGUGCCCCGAGCAGCCUGUGGAUGACGCCGCAGCUGCAGACCUCUCCCCCAUCACCCUUCCCUCUCCACCAGAGUACAAUCUGGGUGAUAAGAUGGCAACCCGUCGUGCCUACGGCGUGGCCCUGGCCAGGCUCGGGCAGAGAAGCCAGCGGGUGGUGGCCCUCGACGGAGACACCAAGAAUUCCACCUUCUCAGACAUGUUCAAGAAGGCCCAUCCAGACCGCUACAUCGAGUGCUUCAUCGCUGAGCAGAACAUGGUGAGCGUUGCGAUUGGUUGUGCCACACGCGAUCGCACAGUGGCCUUUGCCAGCACCUUCGCCGCCUUCCUGUCCCGGGCGUAUGACCAUAUCCGCAUGGCAGCCAUCUCUCAGUCCAAUGUCAACCUGGUUGGCUCCCACUGCGGCGUCUCCAUAGGUGAGGACGGUCCCUCCCAGAUGGCCCUGGAGGACUUGGCUAUGUUCCGAGCAAUCCCCACCUGUACCGUCUUCUACCCCAGCGACGCCGUCUCCACAGAGAGGGCAGUGGAGCUGGCUGCCAACACCAAGGGGAUCUGCUUCAUCAGGACCAGUCGGCCAGACACAGCUGUGAUCUACUCUCCCCAGGAGAAGUUUGAAGUGGGACAGGCCAAGGUUGUGCGUCACUCAGGCAGUGACAAAGUAACAGUGAUCGGGGCUGGAGUGACUUUGCAUGAAGCUCUGAAGGCAGCAGAUCAGCUGGCUAUGGAAGGUGUGAACAUCCGAGUGAUUGACCCCUUCACCAUCAAGCCCCUGGAUGCAGCCACAAUUGUGUCCAAUGCCCGGGCCACAGGAGGGAGGGUGAUCACUGUGGAGGACCAUUACAAAGAGGGUGGCCUGGGUGAGGCGGUAUGCGCGGCGGUGGCGGAGGAGCCCGGCAUCGUGGUGCAUCGCCUGGCCGUCACCCGCGUGCCGCAGAGCGGGAAGCCCCAGGAGCUGCUGGACCUCUACGGCAUCAGCGCCAAGAGCAUCGCGGCAGCCGUCAGGGCCACCUUCGCCAACUGAGCGCCUGGCAAUCCCCCACCCCACCCCAACCCGACCGUCACCCCUGACCGCCCAGUCUCGGCACUAACUCUGUAGUCCCCUAGCACUUUCAGAUGCUAAUUUGUGUAUUAAAGCAGGAGAAUUUAUUCUCGUCAGGGGAGACCGCAGUAGAGGUAUGCUUAAUCCCUGUGUAGUUGUGUCCCUCCCAAACCCCAACCCCCUGUUUGCACUGAGUUUUGCGCUCCAUUCCAAGGUUUUGAAUUGUCUAACCUGUAACUCUCCUGUAUUGAUAACCUUCAGACAGGAUUCCAUUCCAUUUUGUGUAGUGUUCAUGAAGGUCAUUCAGGCUCACCAGCCAAAUUGAAUUCCUUUUAUUUUGUGAACCUUUAACAAUCCCAAAUUAAUGGGUCAUUCCAGUGAAGUCUGUGGCAGAGGGCUUGGUGUGGCACCUGAUUAAUCAGGAUGACUUACCAGGGUAAUGGGAAGGUUUUGAUUUUGUGCAGUUUAUUCCUCUGGAGUUAAGGUGAUUACUUCUACAUUCUUGAAAUUUGUCCAGCCAUUGUCUUGUAAACAGGUCUUAGGACUUUGAAUACAAGUAUGUGUUUCCUGUAUCCAUCAAAACUCCUUCAUUUCAGCCCCCCCCCCCCCCCCCCCCC